AUCGUCAACUCCCGACCCAGCGCUGCUGCUGUACUCAACCCACGUUCGCUAACGCAAACAAACCCUUAGGAAGUCCUCGUUGACUCCUGUCAUUCGCUUUGUGCUUUUUUGUUGUACUUUUCUUUUUUUGUUUCGUUUACUCCCUCACAUCCAAAUCCUGUGGCAAGGAACAGCACCUGUACCCGGACUCCACCGUACUCGUACUACUUGUCAAGACAACACAAACUGAUAUCACCCCAAAGACCAUCUGCCAACCUCGGAUACUAUUCGCCUCCAGAGUAGCAAUUAUCAGUAUAUCUCAAGCUGGAAUCCACGAUCCUACGGUCCGACAAGCCCCAAUCGACCUCGUAACUUGAACCAGACCGCCUCGAUUCAUCACCAUCCUGAGAGUGCACCGGUUCGAUGCCCUCCCAGAUUCAAGCAUCAUCAUCCAGAUUUUGCUCACAUUCGCUUUGACCUCCCCCAAAGGUCCCUUCUUCCACUCGCUAUCGCCCCUGGAGAAGUCACGCAGGAAGAGAGUCAGAGGAAGGAAUAGUUGGUUGUGUAUUGUUCCUCUUUGUUCUUAAUCGGCCAAACAUCGAUGCGAUCGAGGUCUUCCCAUCUACCAUAACUCGAUCUCGACAAAAUCAAUCUCGACUCGAACGAUAACCUUCCGGCUCUCGACUCGUUUCUACAGGUUCAAGUCUUGCGACUCGGAUCUUUCUCCUGCUUCGCAUUUACCCAGGAGCAAUCGCUAUAUUCAACCUCGGGUCUUGGACUAUCACCUCUUUUUUCCUUGUUAAAGAGACACUCGCUCUGAAAUCACCCGUGUUGUCACGAGUGAUAUCUCUAUCUCAUUCUACUCUCAACAUCCCGAAUUUCUGCAACAAUGGCUGGUCCAGGUGGCGGUCCUCCCCGUCGAAGCCAUACCAAAUCUCGCAAGGGCUGCGAGACCUGCAAGAAGCGCCACAUCCGAUGUGAUGAGAACUUCCCGCAGUGCAAGAAUUGUACCAAGCACAAGAUCAGGUGCCCAUACAAUGACCUCCCGAUCCAGGAAGCCAGGCCCAACGGCCCUGCCAAUCUGAUGUGGGACCCCGAAAUCGAAGCCGUCAUCGAUCAGUGGCGCCGGACGGGCUUCUUCCCGUUCCCGGAUCUGCAAAUCGUCAACCCGCCCAUGCCCGAGAACUACACCGUCGAGGAGCUGAGGUUGAUUCACCAUGUGGCAUCCAUCAGCAACGAGCUCAGCGCUUGGGGUGCCAACGGCUUCACCCUGUGGACUCGCCAGAUUCCCACUAUUCUUGGAGUUGGCGCCGUCCACCGCUUCGUCAUGGAGGCCUUGCUGGCUUUCUCCGCCGAACACAUCUCCAACAUUACCGGAUGCCCUAUGGUCGGCAAGAUGGCGUUCGAACAUCGCGGGCGUGCACUGAUGGGCGUCAGCAAGGCCCUCAAUGCCUUCUGCGAGGGAAACUCCGAUGCCAUUCUCGCCGCCUCCAUGGUCCUCUCCUGGCAAGCCACGGACUGGAGGAGCUGGACCCAGCACAUGCAGGGCACCCGAGGAGUCAUUGACCAGAUGGGCUCCUGGAAGCACAAGUCUCAGUUUGGGGAUUUCAUCUCAGAGACCAUUACGUUCCCAACCGCUCCUGCUUCUCCUUCCCCAGAUCACAAGCCGAAGCUCCCAGGCAAGGAUGACUCGGAGGCGUUCAACAACACCCUUGCGCAGCUCCAGAAACUGGAGAUCCACCUGAAGCAGAGCCGAGAAGACACAAAGCUCGUGGUCCAGCUGAUCAGCUUCCUGAAGGGCACUCGCAAGGUCGACCAGUCGAUGGCCGUGGCUGAUCAAUUCGAGCGGCUCAAGCCCUUGCGAGAGUGGCUGUUCUGGCUUCCUGUCAUGCACCUGCGCCAGACGCACGCAUCUCCAAAUGCCCUCGUGGUCAUUGCUUACUACUACACCGUGGCUGUUCUCAUGGAGCGUAUGUUCCCUGAGAUUGGUGCUGCGUACUUUGGGAAUCUGGCCAUCGGCCCCCUGGAGGAGAUUGACAAGCGGCUGGUAUCUCACAGCGUUUACGAUGCUGAGGGAUACCCUGAGGCGACCCGGCAGCUCAUGAGCUUUGCUAGGGACAUGGUCAGGGAGUUCCGCGUUCGCAUGGGCUGGUUCACGCCGUCCCCAUCGCCUUUCUCUGCCCAAGAGGACUUUGUCCUGCCAAUGACGUCGGCGCCUCUGGCCGAUGGUCUCCCGUACUCGGGCAACCCGAUCUUCAGCUACAGUACCGAGAACCUGUCUAUCAAGUCCGACAGCAGUGUCACCGGCGUUCCCAGCCCAGUCGCCAUGCCGUCUCCCUAUAGCAACCAGCAGUACCUGAAGAUCCCUCCACCGAUGGCUGGCUGUUAUAGUCCCGUGUCCAGCACAUGUGAGGCAUCCAGCAUCGGAGACGAGUUCAGCUAUGAGACCUCGCCCAUCGCCUUCAACUCGUGCAACAUGGGAUACAACGGCAGUCUGCCCCAGAUGGGCGGGCCGUACGACUUCGGGUUCGUCACUCCAAUCCAAAUCCAGCCUCUAUGGAACUAG